AUGCUCUCACACUCCUUCUUUACCGCAGCCAUCGCCGCUGCAGCUUGCAUCAAUGCUGCUCCGGCUGAGUAUGUCAAGAGUAUUCUAUGUGCUUCUUCGCUUACAAAGUGUUCAAAAGCUUCCAAGAACGAGGCGUCGACUUCAAAUGGGGCAGGGACACAGUCCGCGGCGUCAAUAUCGGUGGUUGGCUAG